AUGGACGUGGAGGAGCUACUGCUCGCUGGACAUGAUGAGGAACAAAUUCGUCUUAUGGAAGAACGUUGCAUUGUCCUAGAUAAUGAUGAUAAUUACGUGCGCGAUGGGAGCAAGAAAGAGUGCCAUUUGAUGACCAACAUUAACAACGGUCUCUUACACCGCGCAUUUUCAGUAUUCCUGUUUGAUCCCAAGAUCGGAAAACUUCUCUUGCAAAAGCGUGCUUCAGAGAAGAUUACAUUCCCCAACAUGUGGACAAAUACGUGCUGUUCGCAUCCCUUGGCCGUGCGUUCCGAAGUCGACGGUGUAGCUGGCGCUAAAAAUGCUGCUCAAAGGAAACUUGAGCACGAACUUGGUAUUCCCAAAGAACAAAUUAAGAUCGACCAGAUUCAGUAUCUCACCCGUAUUCAUUACGUGGCGCCCAGUGAUGGCAUGUGGGGUGAACACGAAAUCGACUAUAUUUUGUUCAUUACAGCAAACGUGACUUUGGAUGUGAAUAAAAAUGAAGUCGAAGACGUCCAAUGGGUUACGAUGGACGACCUCCAGAAGCUUAUGAAUGAACUGGACCCUGCGUCAUUCACCCCAUGGUUCAAGCUCAUUGUGAACGAGUUUUUGUUCUCUUGGUGGCAAAUACUGCUUGAAAAACGUGCAGAAAAUGGAUUAAUCGAUGCCAAGACACUCGGUCAUUUGCAGGAUAGCACGAUCCAUCGCUUGCUAUAA